UUCUUUUUUAUUUUUGACAACAAAAGUCAGUCCUGUGACACGCUCUUCAAUCAGUCGGUCUCAACCGUUUACCUGGUCAUGGAAAAUUUAUGAUCCAAGAAGAAGGAUGGAAUUUCAGAAAUUUCUUUUGCUAAUAUUAGUAGGUGUCUUCUCAUCGACUUUGGUGAUAGUGAUUGUAUUCAUCAUCAUCAACAUGUGCGUAAGAGGGAAAGCUGAAAAAUAUGUUGCAACAUCCGAGAAUCACACGAAGUCAAGCUUUGAAAUGAGCAACUAUUUCAAGCUGAAUGGUCAGGAAGAUAUUCGACCUCCAUUGCCUUCAAGAGAUCAAUUUGAUACAGAGUCCAUGAGCAAUAGUUAUGAGGAGAUGCCUGAAAUCCCUAUGGUCGCAGUUGAAACUUCCUCUUUACAGAACCCUGUUCACAGCCCUGUCCCUCAGACCCACACCAACCUUCUGGACACCAAAAGCGUCUCAGAAAGCUACGAUGAUGUAGACGAACUUCAAAGGGUGAAUAGUUAUGAGGACAUGCCUGAAAUCCCUAUGGUCGCAGUUGAAACGUCUUCGUUACAGAACCCUGUUCACAGCCCUGUCCCUCAGACCCACACCAACCUUCUGGACAACACAAGCUUCUCAGAAAGCUACGAUGAUAUAGACGAACUUCAAAGGGUGAAUAGUUAUGAGGACAUGGCUGAAAUCCCUAUGGUCGCAGUUGAAACGUCUUCGUUACAGAACCCUGUUCACAGCCCUGUCCCUCAGACCCACACCAACCUUCUGGACAACACAAGCUUCUCAGAAAGCUACGAUGAUAUAGACGAACUUCAAAGGGUGAAUAGUUAUGAGGACAUGCCUGAAAUCCCUGUGGUCGCAGUUGAAACUUCUUCGUUACAGAACCCUGUUCACAGCCCUGUCCCUCAGACCCACACCAACCUUCUGGACAACACAAGCAUCUCAGAAAGCUACGAUGAUGUAGACAAACUUCAAAUGGUACGAGGCAGCUCCGUUGCAUCGUUUCCUGAUUACCUGGAUGUGCAUCCACCUCCUUUUCUGAAUGGAUCAGACAACGGAUCAAACAAUGUGUCAGAAAACUACGACGAUAUCGAUCAGCUCCAAUGCGACAGCGAAGACUAUGAUGAUGUGGGAUAAAAGUUUCAUCUUUCCUGCCCGUUUGUGAAGAAAAGACCAAAUAAUAUUCAGUACAAUAAAUUUGUUCAGAGGAUCUGCACAGAACUUUGGAGCUCUGUUCAAUUUAGCACUUUGUUUUGUUUCCUGAGUAUGGUGAUGUCUCUUUUGCAAAGAGAGUUAAUAUUUUCUUUUGUUAUUAGAACCUGUUAGAAUUUUAAGAUUUUAUUUUGAUGAACUGAUGACAAAAAUAAUUUAUAAACAUUUAUAUUUUUAAACAGUUUUUAAUCAACUGCUUGUCAUAUAAUCUACUCAUUUCCCGCACACCACCCAAAUCAACCAAGUAGAACGCUCACUAUUUCCUGUCUGCAAGUCAAUAGUACUUUGGUAUCAACUGUUUAACAGAAAGAUGCAUUUAAAUGCUUUACUCCAGUACUAUAUUCAAGCUCCAUAUUCACACAUCACAGGGUUUUGGUGAAAAUAAAACUUCUCCUGAUUGCA